GCAAUUCAGUGGGGUGCUAUUGGUGAUGUUGGAAUUGUUCUUGAAUCGAUGGGAGACAAUGACACUGUGAUUGGUGGAUCACUUCCACAGCGCUUGAUGUCAUGUCUGAAGACCCUUGACCUAUUUCUAAAGCAGUCAGAACCUAUUGUUACAAGUUUUGUUCCAUCCGAUAAGAGUACAAGUAGUAGUAUUGCCGGUGAAAUUAGACUUGACCUUGUACAUGCUGUUUGCCAUAUUCUAGGAAUCAGUGAACCGAAUGCUUUAAACCCUGAUGCAAGUUUAGGUGACCUUGGGCUAGAUUCAAUGAUGAAUGUUGAGGUCAAACAGACACUGGAAAGAGGUUACGACAUUGUCAUGGAAACAAAAGAGAUUAGAAAAUUGACUGUUAAUAAUAUGAGAAGCAUUGCAAACACUGGUCAUAGUCUUACUCUAGCAAACAAACGUGUGGAACAAAUGGUACAAGACAGUGAUACAAAUGUUGACGACUUAAAGCCUGAAUAUUAGCGCACAGACCAACUUAUCCGAACGACCAGAUGAUGUCUAACAUAUUCCCUUACCGACCAAACACCGGACUUACACUGCAAGAUAGCGGGAAAAAUACACGCCUCAUCGGUAUACAAUUUCUGAUGCCUGUACAAGCGCCAUUUAUUUGUAUAUACAUGUACUGUUGUGUACUGAUGAACUACACCAGAACAAUCAACGAGUGACGAGUAUCACAAUGUUUGGUUGAUAAAACUAUGUCUAGAUAGUACCACUAUGUAAAUACAAUAUAUAACCAUUGCUGACACCAUUAUGUUUUCAGACUAGCGCAAUAGUUAUGUAGGCCUGGUACUGAUUAUUUUGUAUAUUUUAACUUUUACAUAUACAUUAUGUUGUUUAUUUUGAUAUGUGCAUUGGAAGCGGACUAAGAGGAGUCAGCUGCUCACCCAAAUUUGAGGAAGGGCAAUAGACAUUGUCCAGCGGUAAUUCUAGCUACAUUCAAUGAGACCAUAGUCACAUAUCUAUACCUGUGGUCGUUUUAGGACGUUAUAUAUAAGAAAUGCCGUUUUUAGUAUUUAUGGUUUUGAUUCACACUUCACACUGAAUUCAUUGGCCUUUUCUACUUAUUUAUCAUGGAAUAUAGAUAAAAACAUGUUCUAAUGAAAACUUUGCCUGUACCUCUAUUUAAUUCUUACAGGAUAA